AUGGCGGAAGCAUCGUCCUCGUCCUCGUGGGACGCCCUACGGCGCAAAACGCGCAAUCUCGAAUCCACCAUCGAUGCACGCUUGACUUCCUACUCGCAGCUGGCGUCCAAGAUCGCACGCACCGCCGAUGGGUCCAGCACGAGCGCAGGAGUCUACGCCGACCACACAACGCUCGACAUGGACGGCGGCAAUCCCCCCGCUUCCGGAUCAAGAGGGACAAAGGAAGAGGUGAAUGAGCAUGUCGAGUUGGAGAACGAGUUGGAUGCAUUGAUCAACGAGCUUUCGGAUGCGGUGGAUGCAUUGACGGCCAAGCUGGACGAUCCGGCGGUGCCGCCGACUUCGGCGCAGCUGCAUGCGGUGCAGAGGCAUCGUGAGGUACUGUUUGACUUCACGCGCGAUUUCAGGCGGUCCAGGACAAACGUCAGGCAUGCAAUUGAUAGACGGGAUCUCUUGGGUAACGUUCAGGGCGACAUCAACGCGUACAAAGCAGCCCACGCAUCCGACGCAGAUGCUCUCCUCGCCGAACGUGGACGCAUCGACAAUUCGCACUCCAUGAUGGACCGCACUUUAGAACAAGCCUACGCAACGCGCUCCGAAUUCGCAGACCAGCGCUCCACCCUCGAAGGCAUCUCCACCCGCAUGUCCAGCACCGCCGCUCAAGUGCCCGGCCUCAACAGCGUCAUCACCCUCAUCGGCAGGAGGCGCAGACGAGAUUCCAUUAUCAUGGGCUGCCUUAUUGGCUUUUUAACCGUCCUCCUUUUGAUGUUUACCUUUCGUUGA